AUUAAGAAAGUGAAAAUGUGAUGAAAUGAAAAUACCAUUUUUCCGUAAAAAUUCAUUGAAGCAAAAUAAAUAGCAAACUUGAUAUAUAACUCAUCAAGGUAAAAUAGCAUACAAAAGUCACCAUUAUGUUUUUCAGCGUUAAGAAGAAAAUUUGUCGACGAAUCUUAGAAAAUUUAAAAGUCAUAAUUCUCUCAAAAAUCAUUUAAACAGAACUAAAUGCAAACUUGACAUGUAGUUCACAUCAAUUCAUAUGAAACACGGACCUACAAAACAUCAGAGGUGUGAUCAGGUGCCAUAGAGGAGUAAAAAUCCCCUGCCCACCGGUUGCCGUGUGUUCCUUUUUAUGAUCGGGAAAUAACAGGAAAAUCUAAUAAACAAUAUAAAAGGAAAAAUAUUCGGGGAAAAAAUAAAAAUUUUUCACAAUAAAAAGUGUGUUACUACGUUAAUAAUGAAAUGUAUCUUUCGUUUGAUGUGCUUAGUUGUUGUGAUUUUUUUUUCUUUGUUUAUUUUUUGUUUUUUUUAAACCGUAUAAGUAGAAUUUUUAGCGGGGAUUUAACUUUGGCAUUAUUAGCGAGUGUGCCAAGAUUGUUAAAUUGAAUAUCGCCGAAAGUUAAUUGCGCUUUAUUUGUUAUAGCUUCUUUAGUGCGCUUUUCAAAAUCGCUUAAAUUACAUUCGCUAAAAAUAAAAUACCAAUUUUUUAGGACAAAUCGCUAAAUUUGCGUCUCGCUAAAAUUUCCACUUAUACGGUAUAAAAGUAUAUUGUGAAAAUUAGGUCUCACAUAAAUUCGGAAAUAACUAUGAUUUGUUUAACCUUACUGCCUCAUUCAUUAAAGAAAUGCUAUAACUAUCUUAAUUUUUUCUUCCCGUUUGUAAGUUAUUCCGUAUCAAUUCACAUGAACAGCUGAGAAAUGUUGUUUUAUUUUCUUAGCAAAUUAAUAUUGAUCGGAAAUAUAGUAAAUGCUUAUGCCUUCUGGACCGACACAAUCUCUAGACAUAUUGAGAGAGAUAGAAGAGAGGCAGACAACAUAUCCACCUUAUCUACCUUCAAAAUAAAUAAAACAGAAUGUAAUACAUCUGGUGAAUAUGGAGAAAACUGCACUCUAUCAUGUCCCGAGAAUUGUCAGGAAGGUCAUUGUAACAUUGAAGAUGGGACGUGUCUUGAAUGUGUUGUCGGAUACCAAGGACCACAUUGUGAGGAGGAAUGUGACGGUCUGAUGUACGGACAGAAUUGCAAUCAAUCAUGUGGCUCCUGUUUGAAGUCAGAACAGUGUCAUCACAUAAAUGGCACAUGUACAGAUGGGUGUGACAGAGGUUAUGAAGGCGAAAUGUGUACAGAAGAAUGUCCAGUAGGACGCUAUGGGUAUAAUUGUGAGGACACAUGUAGUAUUAACUGUGGCGUCCCUAGUAGAUGUAACAGGGUGACAGGGGAAUGUCAAGAUGGAUGUCAGGCAGGAUUUAAGGACCUUAUAUGUGACAAAAAUUGUUACUGUAAGGAUGAUUUUAUAUUGACAAAAGUAUCAAAUGAAUCUAACAUAUCUUUUAUAGAAUGUGAUGGGGGAAGUUUUGGACUGAACUGUACUCAGUCAUGUGGAAAUUGCUUUAGAAAAGAACAGUGUCAUCACGUAAACGGGACAUGCUUCAAUGGCUGCAAUAAGGGUUACCAAGGAGACACUUGUACACAAGUGUGUCCAAACAGACGGUAUGGAUACAACUGCGAAGAAACCUGUACCAACUGUAGCGUUGUCAGGAGAUGUGAUGCAAGAUCAGGGAAAUGUAACGUGAUAAAAGAAUCAUUGGAUUCUGAUACAAGUGACGAGAACCUUUACUUAGUGUACGGAUUGAUAGCUUCUCUUCUCUCAAGUGUUGGCUUAAAUGUCGUUUUAAUUAUCUGGAGCUGUAGAAAGAAAACGCGCAAACGGAAGACUCGCCAAGAGAAGAUAACUACACCGAUACCUAGAAAAUUGAAUACACAGAUCAAAGUUGAAGAACGUGUAGUACAUGCAAGUGACGAUCUAGAUGACAGAGAGAAAUCCACAGCGCCUUCAAAAUCACAGAAAUCACAUAUCAAAGACGAAGCUGAAGAUGAUACAGUAUAUGAAGAUGGUGUAGAAUAUGAAGAAAUAGGUCUAAUAGAGAAAUCGACAACACCUACAAAAACACAGAUCAAAGACAAAGUUGAAGAUGGAGUAGUAUAUGAAGACCAAGAGCAAACAGAAAUAUACCGAGCGCCUUCAAAAUUACAGAAAACACAGAUCAAAGACAAAGUUGAAGAUGAUGUAGAAUAUGAAGACCAAGAGCAAACAAAGAUAUCCACAGCACCUUCAAAACUGAAAACACAGAUUAAUGACGAAGUUGAAGAUGAUGUAGAAUAUGAAGACCCGGAGCAAACAAAGAUAUCCACAUAGCCUUCAAAACUGAAAACACAGAUCAAAGACGAAGUUGAAGAUGGAGUAGUAUAUGAAGACCCCACAGCGCCUUCAAAAUUGAGAACAAAGAUCAACUAUGAAGCUGACGAUGGAGUGGUAUAUGAAGACCAAAUUCAAACAAAUCAGUGGUCAAUUUAUGAAUAUUAACAUUUGACUGAUGUUGCAGUAUUAAAAUACAUGAGCCUUAUAUGCAUGUAACAUAUAACUUCAAUGUAAACACUUUUAUA